CUCCACCCAAAUUAUGGAUAUUCAGGACUUGUUUAUGAAGUCAACGUUAGAUUCUAUUUUCAAAGUUGCAUUUGGAGUUGAUCUAGACAGUAUGUGUGGCUCAAAUGAAGAAGGGAAGAAAUUUGGCCAGGCUUUUGAUGAUGCUAGUGCUUCAACCAUGUUACGAUAUGUAGACAUCUUUUGGCCUAUCAAGAAAUUUCUCAACAUUGGCGCAGAGGCUAAACUUAAGAGAAGUGUCAAAACUGUUGAUGAUUUUGUUUACAAAUUAAUCAGUAACAAAGUGGAACUAAUGAAAAGUUCACAAAGCAAUGUCUCAGAAAUGCAGAUGAAAAAGGAUGAUAUCUUGUCAAGGUUCCUGGAGCAGAGCGACACUGAUUUGAAGUAUCUGAGAGAUAUAAUCUUGAGCUUUGUAAUUGCGGGUAAAGACACAACAGCAGUUACACUUUCAUGGUUUGUUUACAUGCUUUGUAAACACCAGAAUAUACAGGAAAAGGUUGCUGAAGAAGUAAGGAAAAUUACGAAAAUGGAAGGAGUUGGAAAAUUUUCAGAACUUGCUGCUAGUUUGACAGAAGAAUCACUUGAAAGAAUGCAGUAUUUACAUGCUGCAUUGACAGAAACUCUCAGACUCUAUCCAGCAGUUCCAAUGGUAAUUCUAGCUAGUCGCAGUCAGAAAAUUUCAUUGCUCUCAUAAUCUCAUUGUUUGUUCUCUUCCUUUUUAUUUUUCUCUUUUGUGUUACACGUUACUUGCUGAAGUUUAUGUCAAUUUCAGAGGCACAUUCCAACUUAUCAUAUAUCAACCAAGCUAAUUUCUACCUUUCUCUCAAUUUCUAAUUUUGAAAUCAAAAUAAUUGCAUUUUCUCUAAUUUCAAAGUCCAACCAAAAGGAGUCUAAGAAAUUCAGGUACUUGACAAAAAUAAACAAUGCAAUCAUGAUGAAAAACUAAUUGUCCUCUGCUACAAUCCCAUUACCAAAACAUAAAAAUAAAUAAAUUCGAAGAUAAACCAUACUUGUUAUCAAUUCUAAACAUUAAACCCUAAAACCCUAAACUUUAAACUAAAAAAAACCAAAAAAAAAAA